CUCGAUCCGUCCAGCCUAGGAGAUGGGAAGAGUAAUCGAGUCGAAGAACGGGUUCGGGCCUGUUUGUUUACGUUAUCCGAAUGUCGUCUUUGUCACUCUGUGUAGCACUGCACUGAGAGUCUUGUCAUGGUGGAUGUUGGGAAGUGGCCGUUAUUUGCCUUGCUUCCACCACAAGACCUCCGCUCAAUUCGUCUGGCCUGUGUCUUUGGCACGUCUGGUAAUGAGACCUUGUAUGUUACAGAAAAUGAUGAGGUGUUUGCCUUUGGUACUAACUGCAGUGGCUGUUUAGGAACUGGAGAUAUUCAGAGCACAAUUGAGCCCAGGAAAAUAAACAUUCUGUGUGGUAAGAAGAUCACUCAUCUAAGUUAUGGGAGUGGACCCCAUGUGGUGCUUACAACUUCAGAUGGAGAAGUUUAUGCCUGGGGCAAUAAUGGUUACAGUCAGCUAGGAAAUGGGACAACAACUCAAGGUUUAUCUCCUUGUCAGAUUUCCACAAAUUUGCUCCACAAGAAAGUAAUCGAGGUGGCAUGUGGAUCCCAUCAUUCUAUGAUUCUGACAUCUGAUGGAGAAGUUUAUGCAUGGGGCUAUAAUAACUGUGGACAAGUUGGAUCAGGAUCUACUUCUAAUCAGCCAACACCACGAAGAGUGACCAGUUGCCUACAAAAUAAAGUGGUUGCAACUAUUGCCUGUGGUCAGUCAUCUUCUAUGGCAGUGCUGGAUAAUGGAGAGGUUUAUGGCUGGGGUUAUAAUGGUAAUGGGCAACUUGGAUUGGGCAGUAAUGGAAAUCAGCCGACCCCAUGCAGACUGGCUGCAUUACAAGGAAUUCAUGUGUGUCAGAUUGUCUGCGGCUAUGCUCACACUCUGGCACUGACAGAUGAGGGUUUGCUUUAUUCCUGGGGAGCUAAUGCGUAUGGCCAACUGGGCAGUGGUGUGAAAAGCAACCAGUCCUGUCCUGUGCAAAUCACUGUGGAUAGAGAAAGGAUUGUGGAGAUUGCUGCUUGUCAUUCCACUCAUACCUCAGCUGCUAAGACCCAGGGUGGUCAGGUCUACAUGUGGGGCCAAUGUCGAGGGCAGUCAGUCAUCCUACCACAACUCACUCACUUCUCUUGCACAGAUGAUGUGUUUGCCUGCUUUGCAUCUCCUGCAGUUACAUGGCGCCUCCUGUCUGUAGAAAGUGACAAUCACUUGACAGUGGCACAAUCAAUGAAGAAGGAGUUUGACAGUGCGGCAACCUCAGAUCUAAAGUUUCUGGUGGAUGGAAAGAUUAUCCAUGCUCACAAAGCAGUUCUCAAAAUAAGAUGUGAACAUUUCAGAUCCAUGCUUCAUGAUGAUGAGGUGAUUGAGAUUGACCAGUUUAGCUAUCCAGUGUACCGUGCCUUUCUAGAAUACUUGUACACCGACUCUAUCAAUCUACCUCCUGAGGAUGCAAUAGGCCUUUUGGAUUUGGCAGCAUUUUAUGGAGAGAACAGCUUAAAAAAUCUUUGUGAGCAGACUAUUAAACAAGGAAUUUCAGUGGAGAAUGCAAUUACUUUAUUGUCAGCUGCAGUGAAAUAUCAGGCAAAGGGAUUGGAAGAGUUUUGCUUUAAGUUCUGUGUCAAUCAUUUGACAGCAGUGACACAAACACAGGGCUUUUCUGAGAUGGACCACGAGCUCUUGAAGAAUUUCAUCAGCAAGGCUGGCAAACAUGGGGCAUUCCGGAAUUGAAGCAGGAAUGUGAGCAGUCACUGAAUGUACUGGGUUUCUUGGUCAGUUUUCUCUCCUCAUCCUAAUCAGUUUAUCUGUCCCUACCCCUUCAGGUGUCAACUCUGACAGGGUUAGAGUUCUGUAUGUGCUAACUGUAACUGUGCCGAAGAAACUAUUGUUUCUUUAUUAGCUUCAAACAGGAUAUUAAAGUAGGGAGAUAUUACAGCUGAGCUCCAUGCUUAGCAUUUAGAGAUUACAUAAUUCAGAGAGUUUGCUCAACAUUGUUUUAGAGAGGAGGCCUGUAUGACUUUUAAUCUCUCGCUGAGACAUGGCACAGAUCAGCAAUCAAACCUGGAUUGUUGCACAUUCGAAUGGUUCAGUUGCUCAUGGGAGAAAAUGUUUACUGAACCAUUGGGAAUUCAUUUUCACUUUGAAGAAAUGGAUCACCAUCACAAGAGUGAAACAUCAGAUUAUGGAAGUCAUUCUUUCCAUAUCUCUUUUAUAGAGGUAACUAGUAAGGCUUCAUGAAAGAAUUCUGGUCUAAUGUAUAAUUCAGAACUACGCAUCAUAGUUUUAAGAAUAUCCUUAGUUUGUGCAGCCAUUGAUUCAAUAACACUGUGUACUUUAAAAUAACAUUUGCUAUUCAUUUUCGGAAGAAUUUUGCUUUCCUGCAUCAAUACAAUUUUUCCAGCAGCAUACACAAAGUGAAGGAUAUCCACAUGUCCCAGAUAACUUAAUAGAUCAGUUUAUUUAUCAUUGCAUUACAUGGAAGUACUAGAUUCCAGCCAAAGGUUCCUAGUGCUGUAUUAUUAGGUAUCUAGGUGAGCUGGAUAAACCUUAACUAGCCAUUUGAUAUGAUGAGAGAGAGAGAAUUAAUAGAUGAUUGAAUGCUUUAUGAAUGUAAUAAAUGAUUGGCAGCUAGGAUUAUUAAUUUUGAUGUAUAAUCAGAUUACUGUCCAGAAGUGAUUUAACACAUUUACUGAAUAAACACUUGGAAUAAUACAGUUGUCAAUGGUGAGCUGUUUUAGUAAAUUAGUGUCAUAAAACAGCAUAAGUGAACAGAGUAGAGCUUCUCUUUGACAUGGCAUGUUGCAGCUCCUUGCAGGUGGCGUUUGGAAAUUACCAUUGUGUGAGAAAGGAAAGAAAUAGAUUUAAAUUGCCCACUAUUUUAAAAUACUUGUCAAUUUCUAUUCUGACACAGGCAAAUGCAUCAUUUUCUGGUUCCUUUUGUGGCCUAGCAUGACAAAAUCUCAAUUAUAGUAAAUCAGUAACAGCCUUAAUUAAAAAAAAACAUUUUUUUUCAUCCCCUGGGUGAGAGUAGGUACAGACUGCAGUGAUUGUUAUAAGGUGUCUCUCAUAGAAUGAGCUCCCAGAUCAGAGUUGUUAAUCAGAGCCCUGGCUGACAGAUAUAUAGUAGGAAUGUCAGAUAUCUUGUCCAUUCUUGACAGCUGGUUCUGAGGGAGCUGUAUCAGUGUACAGAAAGGGUGACUAGGCAACGGAAUACUAGCCUCUGUGGAGUUAUUUCAGAGACCAUUUCUUGUCGCUGUGAAUUGGUGUUAGUGGAACUGCUGCAUUGCCAAUUUUGUUUCCCUGAAAUUUGAGGACAAACUGUAGGAUUGUUAGCAGUCUCACAUUUGAAUGCAGUCGGAUGAUUUUACUCUGAUCACACUACAUUAUUACAUUAAGUGACUGUGUUUACACAUUUGAUUGUGGCAGUAGAGGUGAACUUGAACUGAGUUUGUUCCAUACAGUCCAGUCCCAAUUUAUUUGCAAUCUAUACAGCCAACGUUUUAAAAGGAUAUAGGAUAACUUCUUUCAGCCUGCAUUUAUGCUUGAACUGAUUUAUAAAAGCACUGGGAAUCUUAAUUUAUUUAACAUCACAUGAUUACCCUCCAUGAGUAGUUCAACAUUUGUUGGGUGAAAAGUUGAUCUUUAUGUAUUGAACCCUCAUAGUAUAAAUCAUGUUUGCCAUAAAGAAAUGUGCAAAGAUAUUAAAUGUAAUAACUGGAAAAUUUAAUUGAAAAACUGAAAUGUUAAUGCUGCUGUCAGUUACAUUUGCUUGUCUUAUCUGUUACAGAUAAUAACUACAUGACUCUUUGUUAAACUUUUUCCCCUUGUGAAUGUGGUUUUUGAUUUUAGUGUCAUGUUAAAUGUAAAUAAAUUAAAAGUAUCUGAUAGCUCAA